AAAUGCCGAGUGGUAAACAGCCGAGUGCUCAAUCGGCAGGGGCGAAUGGUGUUGGUAGCAGCGAUGGUAGUGCGGCCGCUGCUACUGGCAACGCAUCUUCUGCGACGCUACGGGUGGAAUUGGAUUCGGAUGAUAACGAGAUGCUCCAGGACACUAAUCUUUUGAUUCCAAGCCGUGAGCCGCGUUCAACUGUGAGGCGUGACUCAGUUGGAUCAGAAACUUCCGCGACCUCUGCUGUGGACUCUGCCAAGCGACACUGGAAAAAGGGGGCUGUUGGUCUACUCGGAACUAUGGUGUUCCUUGGAACUAUCAGUACAGAAGGUUGUUUACAGGUAGCAGAGACGGUUCAGCUAAACAGAUUGGAGGACAAGAGUCACCAAGUGGGAAUGAUGGAAGAGGCAUUCGCUCAGAAGGAAAGAACUCUUCUCACUCUUAACAUGCGGGAGAAGAACAGCCGCGACAAACUGCUGCAGUUUGUGUCUGACACAGGUCUCUUUUCAUUCGCCACCCAUGGCAGCUCUAAAAGACUCUACGCUCCAGUUCAGAUGGUGAAGGAGAAGAGUAUCAAUGAAGCCAAUGAGAUCUGCUCUUUUGUGGGGGCGGAACUGGCAGAACCGACUAGCUUCCAGGAGUACCAGGCUAUCGCUAUGGCUAGCAGAGAAAAAGGAAAGUGUUUUCUGGGUCCUACUCGCAAUCACGACGGAGUCACUUGGGAUACUCAGGAAGGAAAUACGAUAGUUCUGGAUCCCUACUGGGUCAAAGGUCAGCCGUCCAAAUCAGUGGCGUUUUCCUGCGUGUACAUUUCAAGCACGUACAACCAGACAGGUUUGACGGCAACACAAUGCAAUGGGGAUGACCCUGGGAUCACGUGUUUCGUGUGUCAACGACCCCAAAAAGUGUCACUGAAAAACCCCAAAAUCAUCCUCUCAGGUGCUUAAUUAUCGGGUAGACGAAAUAUCGGUAUCGAUAAAAUAUAACUAAUUGAGAGUAUCGAUCAGUGAAUUGAUCUAAAAUGUUUUCUAUUCCGCUUACUUUACUUGUACAGUUUGAUUUAUUUUGUUUGACAUGAAAUCAGUUAAUUCUUUAGUUUAUGUGAUGUUAAAAUAAUCCAUUUCUUGUUAUUUUUGAUAGACUGGUUUGAGA